AGGUAUUUAAGAACAAGGCCGUGUUAUUGGCAGAGAAAUUACUUCCAGCAUUUAACACUCCCACUGGAAUUCCCUGGGCCAUGGUCAACCUUAAGAGGUAAGAGAGAGGGUGUGUAAUUCUGUCCGAAACCAUUUCACAGGCGUCUCAUAGCAUCUGUGAGCAGCCAGAAACAGACCGGUUUUACUGUUCUCUCCAGUCACUCGAUGCUGUGUCCAACUUAACCCUGCGAUGGGACUAAGUGGACCCCAUGAUUGCUGCACUUUCUUCUCAAUCCAUGCACCGUGGUUUUAUUGUGCCGGGCAGAUCACAUUCAGCCACGGUUAGACACGUUAAAUUCUUUUUUUUUUUUUUUUAAUUCUUUAUUUUUCAUAGAAAAAAGAAGUGCAUAUUUGUGACAAUGUAUAUGCUUACGCAGAAGCCGCGAAAGAAGUGCAUACUUAUGACAGUGCAUAGGCUUACGCAGAAGCCGCAGUGCGUUUUCAGAUGGUUCAGUUAUACAGCAGGCAGGAGAGAUACCUUAAGACAAGAUAUAUGCUUACUAGCGCUGCUAGUCUCGUCAGCGGUUAAUUUGUCUUCUUGUGUUUUGCUAAGACAACUCUACGUGUUUUGUCAGUGAGGUCUAGCUUAGAACACAUACCACUUCGAUUAGCAUGGUUUUAUACAGUUGUUAACUAAAAAUAUCAUAAGUUAUUCUAAAAUCCUACAUUAACCAAAACAUUGUAGUCCGUGAUACGGUGAAUUGGUGCGUCUGUUUCCACAGCUUGGACGAGGGUUGUCGUGUGCCCUUUUGUCGUUAGCCCUAAGUGUGUGUUCGGUUUCCUUGUCCGCCCUCUGUGUUCUCCUGGUAUUGUCCCCAUAGAUCCCAUAUUCUGCCAAAUUUUUUGGUGGUGUGCCUGACCAGGGAAGUUAACCUGUCCAUAAGGUAGUUAUCUUUUAUCUUCGCUACGACCGGUGCUACAGGGGGCAUUUCCAGACAUAGCCAUUUCUGUGCUAGUGCUCUACGGGCCGCUAAGUAAACCAUAUUUAACAAUUGUUGCUCCGGGCGUGGAAGGACAUCUGUUGGUCUGGAGAGGAGGCAGGCCCAGGGGUCUAGUUUUAGUGAUCUCUGCAAUAUGUUAGUACUUAGGUUGAUAAUUUGAACCCAAUAAGCCUGUACUAAGGGGCACUUCCACCACAUAUACACAUAGGUGCCUUGUUCCACGCAGCCGUGCCAGCAAAGAUCUGUGGGGGUGUUCUACAUGCGGAAUUGUUUUAAUGGUGUGGUGUACCACCUGAAAAGUGUUUUAAAUGAUUGUUCCUGGAGGGUGACACAUAUUUAUGAUCGGGCUGUGGCCUCCCAAAUAUCCUGCCAAUCGGAGCCCUCUAAUGUCUCUCCCAGGUCUGUCUCCCACUGGUCCGUGUAUCGUAGCUCCCCCCAUUCUUUGGCCUCCCCGCUGAGGUGAGAGUAUAGUAAUGAUAUGAGUCCACUGGGGUGUUUUUCCUGAUAGCAUAUAUUCUCGAACCAGUUGAGGGGGAGAGUGGCAGUCUCCUUGACUUCUUUUGAGCUAGCAAAGUCUCGUAGUUGGAGGUAGCGGAAGAAGUCCUUGGUUGUAAGGGAGGAUUGUUCACUGAGCUGGUCGUAAGUGACUACUUGGCCGUUUUUAUAUAAAUGGCAAUAUAUCUGGAUACCUGCUCUCUCUCGGCCGCUAAAGUCACCUGCUGUCAUUCCUGGUGGGAAGGAUCGGUUCCUGAGUACAGGGGACAUUGGGGAGGGGAACCUGCUUAAGGAGUACAUGGUUGCUAUUUGGUCCCAGAUUCUUCGGGAGUUCGUUAUUGCUGGGAAGGUUACUCUAAGGAGUGCUCUGUGUGUCUUGUGUAACCAGGGAUAGAACUGUGGUAGGUCUUGCCCUAUUAGUGAGGUUUCAAGUUCUACCCAAAGACGGGUGUCUGGUGUGGAGUGCCAAUAUGCUAUUUGCGCCGUCUGCGCUGCUAGGUAGUAUAGGUACAUGUUCAGUAGUCCCAGUCCCCUCUGUCCUUGGGUCGGUACAGGAGUUUCCUGGCUAUUCUGGGUCGUUUCUUUUGCCAAAUUAACAUGUCUAUUGCUUUUUGGAGUGUGGACAAGUCGAUCCUCUUAACCAGUGUGGGCAGGGCCUGGAACAUGAAUAGUAAUCUGGGGAGAAUGUUAAUUUUAAUUGAGUGGAGUCUACCUAACCAUGAAAUGGGUUUGUCCGUCCACUGCUCCAGGUCUCUCAGGAGUGUACGAAUCAAUGGGGAGUAGUUAGUGUCAUGUAGGUGUUCGUACUGUGCUGUAAGUUUGAUCCCUAGAUAGGGUAUGUUGUCAGCUGUGGUGGGUAGGCAGUGUCUGUCGUGUAUUAUAGCUCUGUCUUGGGUCGGGAGGUGGAAUGGUAGUGCCAUGGAUUUGACGAGGUUCACUCUAUAGCCCGCAAGGGUGUUCCGUACUUGUCCAGGUGGUCAGUCAAAUGUUCCAUGGAGUUCAAGGGGUCUGUGAGAGUCAGCAGCACGUUGUCUGCAUACGCGGAGACUUUGAAGGUUUUCCCUGCUACCCUUAUUCCUUGUAUGUGUGGGUGUUGGCUUAUGGCUUAUAGUAACGGUUCUAGGGGGAUGGCGAAUAGCAGUGGGGAUAGAGAGCAUCCCUGACGUGUACCACUAUGAAGGUGGAAGGGGGUCUUAGUGGCCCCUACUAUUCGGGUUUGGGCUCUCGGGUUAGCAUAUAAAGCGCGCGUGGCCUGGAUGUAGGCUUCUGGGAAUCCCCAUUCUUCCAGCAGGCCAAACAGGUAUGGCCAUUGCACCCUGUCAAAAGCCUUCUCCGCAUUGUCUACCGGGAAUGAACCCCACCUGGUCUGGGUGGAUUAAGCGUGUGAGCAUCGGUGCCAGCCUGGCCGCCAGGAUUUUUGCAUAUAUUUUAAUGUCCGAAUUAAUCAGGGAGAUGGGCCUGUAAUUCGAUGCGAGUUCAGCGUCUUUCCCGGUUUUCGGGAUAAGCGUGAUGUUGGCUAAUGCCAUGUCGGCAUCGGGUGCGCCCCCUGUCAUAAAGUAAUCAUAUAAAGAGGUGAGGUGGGGGGCCAGUUCUUCUUUGAAUUUCUUGUAGUACCCUAUUUCGUAGCCAUCGGGGCCUGGGGCAUUGUUCCCUUUUAAGAUCGCUAUAGCAGUUUCUACUUCUAAUUGGGAGAUCGGUUCUUGUAAGUUUGUGGUGUCUAUAUCUGUUAUCUGAGGUAGCUUUAUACUGGCAAGGAAUGUACGUAGUGAGGAAUGUAUAGACACGUUCAAUUCUUAAAGGGAGCUUUCAUGCUUUCUGGAACACAAAUGACAAGGAAUGCCAUACCAAUACAUGCACAACAGUAAUAAAUGCCUUGUGUCCAAGCAAAUAAAAUGGGCUUCUCCAGCACUGCCAAUACUGUGAUAAUUCCAUUCACAGCUCCACCAGAACCUCAAAUCCUGAAAUAAUUCCAUUCACAGCUCCACCAGCACCGAAAAUCCUGUAAUAAUUCCAAUCACAGCUCCACCAGCACUGCAAAUACUGUAAUAAUUCCAAUCACAGCCACCAGCACCGCAAAUACUGUAUUAAUUCCAAUCACAGCUCCACCAGCACCGCCAAUACUGUAAUAAUUCCAAUCACAGCUCCACCAGCACCGCCAAUACUGUAAUAAUUGUAGUUUAUGCUAACGUAAUGGUGAUGGAAACCAACUGUUGUCUACAUUAAAUCCAGUACUAUACGUAUCUAUAUUUAUAUUAAGUUAAUAUACUGAAACAUUAAACAACCAUAGUAUACUAAAUAAUCAACACGGAUCUAACACAUGUCAAUCAUAUAAGCAUCCCAUGGAUAUACUGAAAUACCAAAACUGGUAAUAUUUUGAUUAUAUUAUAAUUAUUAUAAUUAUUAUUAUAAUUACACUGAGAAAAUGACAAACCAGAGUCUCGGGAGGGAAAAUAUUCGCCUCCUGUCAUUAUUAAAAUUAAGAUUAUAGGUACACUACGUUAGCAUAAUCUACAAUUUUAUCACAUGACAGGAGGCUUCAUAUUUUGCAUUUUUAAAACCUGUGGUAUGAGCGAGAAGGAUGCGUGUGUAGUUGCCGAAAAUAAAUAUAUGGAAGUAGUCUAUCCGUGUCCAAUUCGUCGCUGUAAAAUAUAGAGGGCCCCCCCGUGAAGGCCUGAGAAGCAGCCGCACCUCGUACCGAAUGAAUACCCAAAACACGUCUCCACCCCCGCUAGCAAUAACAACCAAUGAACCCAUCCAGACAGAGUGUUCAUGGUAACUGGCUUGUAUGGUUAGUAUAGCACCAGCAGAUGUCCUGAAUGUGACAACCUAAGUGUUUUCGGGAUCUCCAUGUAACAAAGUACCGCUUUAACUGCACAAAGACUGGGAAACCGCCGGGAACAGGGUAAGAUACGGAUGCGGAUAAGAUUUAGUUCUACGAGACACCGUAGAAAUCAUUCCUUCCGGUGAUACCGAAAAUACAGUCUACGUCGAACUCCAGUACAUCUGAUACCCAACGAAAAGACCUAAAAGUAACGUGACUAUGGCUGACGGAGGGAUAGGUCCGUGUUAUCUGACUAGUUCCAAAAGAACCAAAUCAAAGUUCCACAACAGUGAUACUUUGACGCAUGGUUCUGGACAGUUUGAUACCCCGCAGACAGCGGCAUAUCAAAGGUUCCUGAUCGACCGGAGUGUCGUGAAUCGUACUAUGCGUCGUUGAAAUCGCGGAACAUAUCCCGUUAAUGGAACGGUCCGAUCGUUCCAAUCAGCCCGUAGUGAAAAGGUAUAAUAAAGAUUCAGCAUCAAGGAGAUAGGGGUAAUAAAGGGAUCGCAGUCUGUAAGGAGACCAAUCUCGCCACUGUGCAUUGGAGGAGCCUGGUUGUCUGCCUGCUGCCUUUUGACUAUGGACCAAUACUUAAAUUUUCCUAUGCAGAAAGGUCUAUUCCUGUAUUUCUGCCCUGACGUUCAGUAGAUUCUCGGAUUUACUGAAUAAACUAAUUUAACCCAGAUAGCUAUGCCAUGGAGCCUAUUCAUAUAAUAAAAGACUUUGGCUCCAUGGCGAUUGAACUGUAUGUGUGUGGUCUGAGCGCCAUUCAGUAAUAAUGUACGCUCAGACCUGAACUAUCUGGGGAUAUGUUGUGUAUUUUAUUGAAUUCUACUGUCUUUUUUUUACUGCCAUGUGCUUAAUGGAGUUUUGCCUCUGUCUUUGGAGAUAAUUGGAUUACUUCCCAAUUAUCUCCAGGAUAGACUCUGUGGAACUGGUUUUGGGCAGAAAAGCCAUGCUUCAUUUGGUCACAAAGGACUUUGAUCUAUCUUUUGAACCAAUGGACCAAUUUGGAUGAUUUUGACAUAUGUUUGUAUUUGGAGUAUGCUGAGUAUGUAAUUUUAUGUGAAUGUGAUGCAUACUUUUCAAGUUAUGAAUAAUGUGGAAAAACUGUAUUUCUCUGGCUGUGAUAAUUACAUUACCCAUUGUGUAAGGUAAUUGUAUCACAGGCAGAGGGGAGGAUUUUGAGUGUCUGAGUGUAUUGUACGUGUUUAUUGCUUGUGUUCCAAAACCCUGUGGGUGGUACUAAUGUGUACAUAAGAACAAUAAACCCACAGCUCUGCCUGUUUCUGCUUGACCCUCAACACGGAGCCUUGUCUCGUUCUUGGGGGGAUUUAUUGUAUGCUGUUCCGGUUUGACUGCUAGGAGUGUAAACCUAUUCAUAUGGUUUUUCCUAUUCGGCUGUUUACAGCAUUCGUAUGGUUCCGGUUCAGCUGUUUACGGCAUUCAUAUGCUUCUCCGGUUCGGUGGAUUGGUGUCUACAGUAGCUGCCUGUAUAUCUGGAAGGGGAAUAUCCUCUAAACGGCGGUUUAACACCUUUUUUGCCUGGGGGUGCUGUUACACAGUCCCUUCCCAUACACCAGUGAACUCAAGGUGUUCCAUGCGGAUAAGUUAUUUCGGGGAAUACCUGGUGUCCAUGAGUCCCAUAAUAGGUCUCUAGUUGGUUGCGUUAGUCCCUUGACGUACCAGUCUUCCCUGAAUAAGACCCCAAUCCACCAACUCCAGACGCUCCUGCAUUAUCAAUGGAUGAUGUUCUCCUUUUGGAUCUGCCCGAAGGCAAGUUUAAAACUGAAGUAGCAGAGGAUGAUCUCGAAUUAAGGACAACCAUUCUGGGUGCCACGCUUGACUCCUUUACUGCGGUAAUGAGUACUAUCAAAGUCUUCGCUAUUCUGAUCCCAAUUUCAUAGGUGUGUCCAGAUCUCAGGCAGUGAGCUUUCAGCCGCUGUCUGGCCCGGUAAUGAAGCGGUCCUGGGAAAUAGUCACUAAUAGUCUGUUCACUAUGAAUCCCAACAAUUCCCGAAACUGUAAACAUAAAUCUUGUCUGUAAAUGUAGUCAGGAAUUGGAUUUGCAAAAGGUCAGUAAGUCGUCUAGGUAUGCGACAGUGGAUACCCUUUGCUCUUCAGUGCGCUGUGACCGGCUUCAGAAACUUCAUGAGGCACCAUGUGAACCAGUAGGUAAGUGCCCUUCAAAUCCAACCUUGCGAACCCCUUUCAAGGAGUAGAUCCCCCUAAGAGAUGGAUACCUUCCUUCUUGAGGUGUUGGUACGCCCGAAACCAUUGGUUUGGCGUAGGUUGAUGACUAGUCUGCUGUCUUGUUCCUUACUACCAAACCGUUGCUGAGAUAAAUGGUUCUCCAAACAAUAGUCCUCCCGCUUGAGGUCCUUGCUCUUUAGUCCCUAACUUCAAUAAUUUGAAAUCCAUCUUUAAUCAGGCUGCUUUGCACCAUUCUGUGCACCUGUCUGCCUUGCAUUCCCCAACCUACAUAUUGCCCUUUGCACCCAUUCCCUCACAUCGUGAGUUUCUAGAGGUGAGUCUUGGGUGUAGUCAGGUCCGCAAAGUAUAGAAUUUUUUCCGAGGCUGAUCAUGUCCAGUAUUUCAUCCUAACUUGUUUUGAGUCCUUCGCCUUUACAUGGACCCCAGCCUGAUCGGGACAUAAAUAUCACCACAUGGUGAGGACUAUCUUGUUCAGUCAUAGAGGGUGUGGGCAUUCCACCCUGAGCUUGUCUCGGACUUCUUUUCCCAUAGGCCUCCUGAGCCUAUGAAGUGGGCAAAGUGUGCACGGUGCUCCGGUUAACCCCAUUCGGAUGACCUUGGGUGUCGGAUGGUGCGUGAGUAAAAAAACAGAAACCUUUCUUGCUAGGCGGGUCUUGUCACUUCACCUCUUCAGAUGGAGACUCUUCUGUUCUCCAUUGUUUCAUGAUCUCCAGAGAAGGGGGAGGGAUGAAGUCCUCAUCCACUAAUGAUGGAGCCUGAGAUGAUUAAUUGACAGGACAUUCUGAGAUACGGCUCCGCUAAGACGAGGUGUUCCCUUUCCCCUUUGGAGAAGCCGCGUUGGAGCCCUUCCAAUGGUGUUUAGAUGAUAAGGUGUCCGACCUAAUGUUGUCGGUAUCUCUAGCUUCCAUUGGUGUUGGUGCCGUUGCACCCGCCCUGUCGGAUGGGUUGUAAGCCAUCAUAUUGGCGAGGACUUCUUCCCCCGAAGCUGCCGUGGCGGCCUUAAUCCUCGCCUGAAAAUCGGUCGGGGAUAUUGAGGGAAGUCCGACAUGUUGGUUCACACCCUUUCAGUUUGUGGGAGACAGGAUUGUAUAACAGUACACUUAUUGCCACUCAGUGGGCCUCCGCGUAUAACUGGGCUCACCCAGAAUUUCGAUCAAUCAGUACCACUUUUGCAGGAUCCGGGGAGUGGUCUGAGAAUGAAGACACCCUCAGUAAGACUGGGAUGAGCGGUCUGCAAUGUCGAAACGUAGCCUGAGUAUGGGAGACGUGAAAGCCUCAAUAUGUAUAAUCCAAGAGGGUUAAAGAGGGGUUAUAGCGCCUAGAAUUGUGGAGUCUUGGCAGUAUUGUGAGUUCUCCUUCUCGGUUAAGGGAAGGGCAUACAGAUCCCCCAGUUGAAGCAUAGAGGUGCCGGAAUACAUGCGUCUAGUGCGCCCCUGGUCUGUGCAUACAAUGACAGAGCGUGCUCUGAAGGUAGAAGCCCUAGAAAGGGCGCGGCGGGUCACCCCGUCUGGCAGGGGGGGGUCAACCCUUUGUACGUAUGCCACUAGCACCAGAGUAAGACUCGCUUGGGGGUCACCCAGCGUAGUGGGGUCACCCCUGUAUGUAUGUCUAUUAUGGUAUGUUGGGACACUCUUUCGGUCUGUGGGGUACCGAACAGGUGACAGGUACGGUAAUACACUUAUUGCCACUUAGUGGGCCUCCACGUACGACUGGGGAUCACCCAGAAUUGUUUCAAUCAGUACCACUUAGAGAUUUCCUGGGAGUGGUCUGAGGAGGGGGUCACCCUCAAUAAGACCGGGAUGAGCGGUCAGUAAUGUCAGGACGAAGCCCUGGUAUGGUAGCCUCCAAAUUAUCCAAGGGGUCACCCUUAUGGGAUAUAGUUCUGUGGAGAAUUGGCAGCACCGUGAGCUCUCCUUCCUGGCUCUGUCGAUAUACACGUAUCCUGGUCUGUACAUACAGUAACAGACCGUAAUCCGUGGAUAUGAGCCCCCCAGUAUAUGUAUGUCACUAGUACAGGAAGGUGUAUCCCUGUGGGGAAGGAGUGUAUCCAGUGGCUGUGAGGUCCGGUGGGAGUAGGGAGCUGAGUAAGUUAUCAGCUCUAUUUAAUUUCCCUGCCAGCAGAUAGAGUACUGCAUCCACUAUAUGCCCACAGCAGGGAACAGUUCAUUCAUAAUCCUCCAGACAUACAUUAAAACUGUUAUUCAUGCAGAGUUACAUAUAAAACUUUUAUUUCACAUGUCAAUGAAAUAUGCCAGUAUAGAGCUCAGCAGUGAACAGUCCAUUCAUAAUCUUCCAGAAAAGGUACAUAGAAAACCUUUAUUCCACAUGCCCAUGAUAUGUAACCGUACUGAGCUCAAAAGUAAAACUUUUAUUUCGCAGGAAAAAUAUUUUAACCCCUUAAGGACCAUACUUCUGGAAUAAAAGGGAAUCAUGACAUGUCGUGUCCUUAAGGGGUUAAACAGUACAGAUCUAGCUGCCAGUUCGUGGGAAUCACGAACUGGCUAAACGACACGGCCGACGUGAAUCUCGCAAGUGCCGCGAGAUUCAAGAUGGCCGCCAUUUGCGCGCAAAGCGCUGUGCGGCCCGCGAUCGAGGAUACGAUCGCCGCCCACCGAUAUUGAACAGAGUCUCCCCCGACACCCCCAACCCUCAGAGACCUGCCCUGAAGUCCCAGCACCAGUGAAUAAAAAAGCGUUCUCGUGGUAAAACGCUGCGAUCCGUGCGAGACCAGAGUAAAGCAUAGGAAAGAAAAGGUGCCAGCAACAGAAAACCAAACAGGCUAAUAAAGCAGAAAAUACAGAGUUAAAUCGGGGGAAGGGUAACAGGGGGAGAAUAUCACACUAUACAAGUCCAAAUGGAAGGCAAGUGCAAAAUAAUGAAAUGAAAACCGUUUAGGUCAAAAUGCAGGACCAGCUAAUAAAGUUUAACUAAAGUGGCCAUGCAUAUCCAGAAACAGUUUGGAGCAAAACUGAAUGUCUAGCAUUAAAAAUCUAACUAAAGUGACCAUAGCAAUAUUAAUAAAAACAGUUGGAGCAAACUGAAAGUCAAGUAAUAGAGUUUAAUUAAAGUUACCAUUGCAAUAUCUGGAAAACCAGUUAAGAUUAAAACUGAAUGUCUAGCAUAAGGUGUCUAAUUAAAGGGACCCUAACAAUAUUAAUAAAAAAAACAGUUUGGCGCAAAACUGAAUGUUAAGCAAUACAUGUUUAACUAAUGACAAUUUGCAAUAUCCGUAAAACAGUUUGGAGCACAAUACUCUGACCUGUGCCCUGGCUGGAGCAGCAAAGAAAGAGGAAGUCAUGUGUCUGUCAGGGCUUUAUAUAUGGAUGUGAUGCCUGUUACUGAUUGGUUUAAAGUUUACUGCAAAUACUGUAAUAAUUCCAAUCACAGCCACCAGCACUGCCGAUACUGUAAUAAUUCCAAUCACAGCCACCAGCACUGCCGAUACUGUAAUAAUUCCAAUCACAGCCACCAGCACUGCAAUACUGUAAUAAUUCCAAUCACAGCUCCACCAGCACCGCCAAUACUGUAAUAAUUCCAAUCACAGCCACCAGCACUGCCGAUACUGUAAUAAUUCCAAUCACAGCCACCAGCACUGCCAAUACUGUAAUAAUUCCAAUCACAGCUCCACCAGCAUCGCAAAUACUGUAAUAAUUCCAAUCACAGCCACCAGCACCACCAAUACUGUAAUAAUUCCAAUCACAGCCACCAGCACCGCCAAUACUGUAAUAAUUCCAAUCACAGCCACCAGCACUGCCAAUACUGUAAUAAUUCCAAUCACAGCCACCAGCACCAAUACUGUAAUAAUUCCAAUCACAGCUCCACCAGCACCGCCAAUACUGUAAUAAUUCCAAUCACAGCCACCAGCACCGCCAAUACCGUAAUAAUUCCAAUCACAGCCACCAGCACUGCCAAUACUGUAAUAAUUCCAAUCACAGCUCCACCAGCAUCGCAAAUACUGUAAUAAUUCCAAUCACAGCCACCAGCACCACCAAUACUGUAAUAAUUCCAAUCACAGCCACCAGCACCGCCAAUACUGUAAUAAUUCCAAUCACAGCCACCAGCACCGCCAAUACUGUAAUAAUUCCAAUCACAGCCACCAGCACUGCAAAUACUGUAAUAAUUCCAAUCACAGCUCCACCAGCACCAAUACUGUAAUAAUUCCAAUCACAGCUCCACCAGCACCGCCAAUACUGUAAUAAUUCCAAUCACAGCCACCAGCACUGCCAAUACCGUAAUAAUUCCAAUCACAGCCACCAGCACCGCCAAUACUGUAAUAAUUCCAAUCACAGCUCCACCAGCACCAAUACUGUAAUAAUUCCAAUCACAGCUCCACCAGCACCGCCAAUACUGUAAUAAUUCCAAUCACAGCCACCAGCACUGCCAAUACCGUAAUAAUUCCAAUCACAGCUUACUUGUGUUAUUAUCAGAGGUUGGGUAAUGUUUUACACCGGAUUCACCUAUUGUCAUACUAAAUAAAUGUGAUUGUAUGUUUAGCUGUUCUUGUAAGUGAGGUUGUUGCUGGCAUGGCGGUGAAGGUCAGCAUUUGUUAGUUUGUUUUUAGGUUAAUCAUUUUUUCACCUGUUUUUAUUUAACUUUCAGUGCUCUGCAUGGGCGGUACCAGUGAAAUCCCCUAGGUGCACAUAUUCCUGAUUGGUUAGUUUUCUGUGACUCUCCUUUACCUUGUGGUUGGUUACCUUGAAGCUUUCUUGGUUAUCUUACAGAGCCGUUCUGGGAAAUCUAUACUGAUCUGUUUCUUUAUGGUGCUAUAGGUAUUGGUUCUUGCAGAUGGCACUUGGUGAUAGUUUCUCAUGGGACUUUAUGCUGAUCUUUAACCUUAUAAAUAGUCUGAAAUAACGCAGGUUGGGUAAGGGGGUAAUGCACAUUAACACAUUUGACUAAUACGCCUCACCUGGGGGUUGUGUAUUUUUUUUUUUUACAUUCUUCAUAGUUUUUUCUUGUGGUGCAAUUAAUGGCUGAAAAAUGCUCCAGCAGUCUUGUUAUAUCCUGCACCGAAUAGAGCGGCAGUUGCCUAUUCUCCAGAUUUUGUGGACAUUGAAGGACUUAUUGCAGUCUGCUCAGUUUUCCUGAAAGAACCGUGGGGUUAGCAGAAUUACUAUACGGCAUGAAGAGGUAAUGCUAUUAUCGUACACGUUUCGACAUGGUCUGUUAAGCUGUGACAUUAAAUCACUAUGGGGACAUAUCAAAACCAAGAGCAGUAUGUCUGUCUGUCUGGUAGUUCUGGUGUGUCCAUACCAGUAAUUCUGUGUGUGGUGGACCACCAGAGUAUCGCCGCCAAGGAUUCCCUUUCCAUAGUGUGAAGUAGCUCUAUCCAACCGCAGAAGUGAUUAUAGCUAGUAUAGUUUUCCUCCCAUACAUUAGUCGAGACUGAAUGUUUAGAGUAGAUCUACUUUAUUUGGGUAAAUCCCACAGAAUUUAUACUCAGUCCCCCAGAAUGGGGUCUCCAUACAGAACAACAUAAAAUUCUUCCAGGUGUCUGGGAGAUAAUUGAGUCAAAAGCCUGGUAAUUCAAUUAUCUCCCAGUUGCAGGAAUAAAAAAAAAAAAACACUCAAAACCCCAUUAAAUUCUCACAGGAACCUCACAUGUCCUAUAUCCCCUGAUAGCCCAGAUAGUUGUCCAAAUAGCGCUCAGAUCUGUUUGGUGUAGUGGUAUCGCCACCAGGGUAAACUUUUGACCGGCUAGCCACGAGGUUGUAGCCCAGUUCCAGGGGUAAGCAGACAGCGACCGGUCAACUUUUGGGAACUCUUGUGCAAAAACAACUGGAUGUUCUCCCUGGCUCUUAGGUAGCAAAUGUAUAUGAUAGGUCACCAAGUCUUUUCCUCGACGAGCACUCUCCUGGCUUGUCUGUAGGCAGAGCAGGCGGCAGUGCAAGUUCAUCGGGAUUCCCGAGUUGUCGUGUCCGAAUCUAGUUCCAUGCGGUCGACGACAAAGUACUGCUCCUCUGUUCAGCAGACAAGAUGGCCACCAUUCCAAAGAACACAUGUGUUUGGUAAUACAAAUGGCGCCUUUCCAGGAAGAGCAUUUGCGUUAAGUUAAUAAGCCAGGGGGUGGUCUGGGUUUCGGAAGUAUAAAAAAAGUGGAUACGAAUCUCCGUUCGGGAAAUGAAAAGGGGGUACAGAGAGACAAAUGAAGAAGGGAACUAACACAAGUGAUGACGGGAUUUUGUCACACUGUGGUUUGGCCCAGAUCUCUACAGUCUCGCUAUGAUUAAUUUCUCAGUGACCAGAAUCUAAGACUUUGAGCAAAAUCUAUCACUACUAUUUUUGUGAUGUUGUUUUUGAUGGCAUGGCUUUUUCAUCUGCCUUCAAACCGACCACGUUCAGUUCUAGUAAAGAGAUUUGACCAGUCUUUCUCUGUGGUAUUUACUAGACCAGGGGUAGGCAACCUUUUAGCAGCACUGUGCCGAUAUAGGAUUGUGAUGCCCCGUAGCAUGCCGGUCCUAUUUUUGAAAAUUGAGGUCUGUAUGCUGCAGUAUUUUGCGUGUUAUUUAUACUGUAAUUGCUUUGUAUUGUUGUAUUUGUGUGUAUAUGAGCUAUUAUAUUGUAUAUGUUCAGGAGUAGUUUGUGGUAUCGUGUAUGAUAUAUAUGAAUGUGGGCUGUGUACGGGGGCUGCUUGUGGAAUUGUGUGUGUGGAUGGAUGAGUCACAUUGUGGAUUUGGUAGUGUGUGUGUGUGUGGGGGCUGUUUGGGGUAUUGCAUGUGAGAGGCUGCUUGUGGGGUUGUGUGCAUGUAUGUGGAUUGUUAGCUGGUUACGUUUGUGCGGAUUGUGUGUAUGUUUGUGGGCUGUUCGUAUUAUUUGCUUAUUGUGCAUUUCUGGGUAUAUCUAGCAGUGUGGGUGGCUUCUCUGGGUUCCAGUGGGGACCAGUCCGGCCAGGUACAGGUCAAGUACAGGAGCUGCAAUAUCCGCUGUGGGCUGCUCUACUACAGUGUGGAUUCCCAUUCACAAGUGCUGGGAGGAAGGGACCUGAGAUCACUUACUCUAUGUGCUGCAAUGCAUAAAUUGAGGAUUGUCCUUUUCGUAUUCGCAGAUAUCUGAAGUUUCACUGGGACUCCUGAUAGGCCAGAGCCUGUGUGGCUCUAGCAGCCUUGAGUGCCGUGCAUGGCACUAGUGCCGUAGGUUGCCUACCCCUGUACUAGGACAUACAUAUGAAGGUUUUUUGUUACCUUCUGGUGUUUGAGUCUUUACAACUGGUUUGAGAUAAAUCAGGGCUUUUCAUUGCAUCCAAAAACUUUCCAAAUCUUGGUCACAUUGAUAAUAUAGAAUUAACAUUUUUCUUAGCUUUGUUGAAUCUAGACGAUAUUGAUUGGUUGAGAGUGCCAAUCGGUAUCUUCCAAGUUGGACACCAUUGACUUUGGAAAUGGGAAAGUGUUUGUUGUGAUUUAUUGUUGCAGCCCAGAUGGGGUAGAUCCCAAAACACCAGAUGGAGAUCCCAGUUAGCGCCUGACCUUCCUAAAGAUAUUAAACCGAGAGACUGCACCGGGGCACUCUAGUGAUGUAAUAAUGUUUUAGUGUGUCCCUUAGCCCACGCAGGUCUUGUUUCUUCAUGUUUUCACCAGUUCUCCGUAGGCCCUCACCCAUGCUCUGUUUGCAUGCUCAUUCUUUUUUGUCUUUGAGAAAAGCCAGUGAUGUGAUGGGGAAGCUCUACAUACACUUUGCCAGAUCUUGGCAAAGUGUAUGCCAGAUCCUACAGUUAUGUUUAAACAUUUUGUAGAUGCUUGUUUGGCAGGUUUGUAUCAGAUUCUGGGCAAAGACACCUUCACUUGACCCACACACCGUGCCAUCGUCUUAGCUCAGUCACCCUCUGCCCUCUUCGCCAUAGAGAAGCUUGGGUAGGGGUACUUUAGGAUGACGCUAGUAUUGGUAACAAAAAAUCUAAUAUUGUUUUCAUACCUCCUCUAAUUUCAGUAACAUGGUUAUAUUUCCCGGGGUGCUGAUAUAUGUUAAGGUACCCCUUACUCAUUGUGUGGAUUUUACUGCUUUAUCCAUAAUCCUAACAUUUAUUUAGAAAUUGCACACUUUGCUUGAAUCUUAUUUAAACUUUGCACAUUACAUACAAGUCCCCCUUAUUACAGAGGCAAAAGCCCAUAAAACUACCCUGUCUCACAGUCUUCAAUGACUAAGGCUCCCUGCUGUGGAAAUGAGUCCGAGGACCCAGGACUACAGGGAGUGCAAUAAAUAGAGGAACAGAGAUGGUUCCAGUGUGCAUAUCACUCCAGAUUAAAGGAUAGAACUAAAAGUCAGGAUGGCUCGUCCUGUAUAAACUGAGGUUAAGGAGAAGGCUUUGUUUAUUUUUGGUUGUGCGAUACCUUGUAGUUAAGCUGAAUAUUGUGGGAAAAUUUGUAAACAUUUUUGAUGUAUCUUUCUACAUAGAAAAGUGGUUGUGAUAGUGGGUGGACCUCUUAUUUACCGAUUCCUGUGAGACCUCUGUGCCUGUUUUUCUUGUGGUUAAAUCAUUGUAUUUUGUGUCUGGUUGCUCGCUCGCUGCAUUAAUCUGUGAUAACCCACCUCCCUUCUCUCCACAGCGGCGUCGGCAGAAACUGGGGCUGGGCGUCGGCAGGGAGCAGUAUUCUGGCUGAGUUUGGUACUUUACAUCUGGAGUUUGUUCACCUGAGUUACUUGACUGGAAAUCCUGUCUAUUACAACAAGGUAAGGCCUACGUCACCAAGCCAUGACUUCUCACUGGAUCAGUAGCUUUGAGAUGGUGUGAGGUACAUAUUGAUGGAGAAAUACAGGUGUGUGCCACAUACAGUUCAACCAAAACAAAUCUAUAGGGAAGAUUUAUCAUACCGCUUACCUCUAUCUAAACCAGCCGUAGCCCGCUUACCUCUAUCUAAACCAGCCUUAGCCCGCUUACCUCUAUCUAAACCAGCCUUAGCCCGCUUACCUCUAUCUAAACCAGCCUUAGCCCGCUUACCUCUAUCUAAACCAACCGUAGCCCGCUUACCUCUAUCUAAACCAGCCGUAGCCCGCUUACCUCUAUCUAAACCAGCCUUAGCCCGCUUACCUUUAUCUAAACCAGCCGUAGCCCGCUUACCUCUAUAUAAACCAGCCGUAGCCCGCUUACCUCUAUAUAAACCAGCCAUAGCCCGCUUACCUCUAUAUAAACCAGCCGUAGCCCGCUUACCUCUAUAUAAACCAGCCGUAGCCCGCUUACCUCUAUAUAAACCAGCCGUAGCCCGCUUACCUCUAUAUAAACCAGCCGUAGCCCGCUUACCUCUAUAUAAACCAGCCGUAGCCCGCUUACCUCUAUAUAAACCAGCCGUAGCCCGCUUACCUCUAUCUAAUCCAGCCGUAGCCCGCUUACCUCUAUCUAAACCGGCCGUAGCCCGCUUACCUCUAUCUAAACCGGCCGUAGCCCGCUUACCUCUAUCUAAACCGGCCGUAGCCCGCUUACCUCUAUAUAAACCAGCCAUAGCCCAUUUACCUCUAUAUAAACUAACUGUAACCCGCGCUCAAGAUUGCAUUAUUAUUUUUAUUAUUUAUAAAGCGCCAACAAGUUCCAUAGCGCUGUACAAUGGGUGGACUAAUAGACAUGUAUUUGUAACCAGACGAGUUGGACGCACAGGAACAGAAGGGUUGAUGGCCCUGCUCAGUGAGCUGACAUGUUAGAGGGAGUGGGCUAUAGUGACACAGUAACAGAGGGAUUGAGGGCCUGCUCAGUGAGUUUACAUGUUAGAGGGAGUGGGGAAUACUGACACAGGUUGAUUGAGGGCCCUGCUCAGUGAGUUUACAUGUUAGAGGGAGUGGGGUAUAGUGACACAGUAACAGAGGGAUUGAGGCCCUGCUCAGUGAGCUGACAUGUUAGAGGGAGUGGGCUAUAGUGACACAGUAACAGAGGGAUUGAGGGCCUGCUCAGUGAGUUUACAUGUUAGAGGGAGUGGGGUAUAGUGACACAGGGGGAUUGAGGGCCCUGCUCAGUGAGUUUACAUGUUAGAGGGAGUGGGGUAUAGUGACACAGUAACAGAGGGAUUGAGGGUCCUGCUCAGUGAGUUUACAUGUUAGAGGGAGUGGGGUAUAGUGACAGUAACAGAGGGAUUGAGGCCCUGCUCAGUGAGUUUACAUGUUAGAGUGAGUGGGGUAUAGUGACACCGUAACAGAGGGAUUAGUCCCUAGCCUUAUCUUAUAGUUAGGAUAGCCUUAUGCCUAUCCCACACAUGCUUAAACUCCUUUACUCUGUUAACCUAUACCACUUCAGCUGGAAGGCUAUUCCAUGCAUCCACUACCCUCUCAGUAAAGUAAUACUUCCUGAUAUUAUUUUUAAACCUUUGUCCCUCUAAUUUAAGACUGUCCUCUUGUUGUGGUAGUUUUUCUUCCAUUAAAUAUGGUCUCCUCCUUUACUGUGUUGAUUCCCUUUAUAUAUUUCAAUGUUUCUAUCAUAUCCCCCCUGUCUCGUCUUUCCUCCAAGCUAUACAUGUUAAGAUCCUUUAACCUUUCCUGGUAAGUUUUAUCCCGCAAUCCAUGAACCAGUUUAGUAGCCCUUCUCAUUGUUCUGUGCAAUGGCAUGAGCACUUCCCUCUUUCUACUGCUAAUACCUCCCCCUAUACAAAGAAAGUCUGUAACACCCUGUUCUCCAUUAAUGGAAAUUUAACCAAAUUAUGUUCUUUAAUGGAUCUUUCAACCCACCUAAAAGGUCUUGGAUAUGCUUCAGCUGGUCUGUCUGUCCUAUCAUCCAGUCUCUCUCCAGUUCCAGUAACCUAGCCGAGGGAUCUGCAGAUAUUGAAUUUUAUAAUUUCAUGUCUUACAGGUCAUGCACAUCCGAAAACUUCUGCAAAAGAUGGAUCGUCCCAAUGGGCUUUAUCCAAACUACUUGAACCCGAGGACAGGACGCUGGGGGCAGCGUAAGUGAAAGUAUAGACUUUACAAAGUGCAGAAUGUAACCAGAAGGGGGGAGUAUAACUGGGCAGCCGUGACCUGCACUAUAUUAUAUGCGGUGUCAUAUAUUCAGAGUGCUGAUCGCUUUCUUCUUAAAGUAACAGUGUUAGAUUAAAGUCUACUCAGGAGUGUGUUGGGGUAGAAGGUUCUAAAACACUUUGUGUUCCCUGAUAGAUCACACGUCUGUGGGUGGUUUGGGAGACAGUUUCUAUGAAUACCUUCUGAAGGCCUGGCUGGUCUCUGACCGAACAGAUGUUGAUGCUCGGAAAAUGUACGAUGAUGCAAUUGAAGUGAGUAUUUAAAAUUUCUACCUACCUUAUACCUACCUAGUACUAUACUCCAAACUGUGAACUUAUAGAAACUCGAUACUAUGUAUCAUAUCCAUCAUUACUGUGUACUGCACCCACACAGUGAUAUUAUAUAAACAUUACCAUGUACUGUACCCAGACAGGGAUAUUAGAUAACCGCUACCGUGUACCAUACCCAGACAGGAAUAUUAUAUAAACAUUACCGUAUACCGUACCUAGACAGGGAUAUUAUAUAAACAUUACCGUGUACCAUACCCAGACAGGAAUAUUAUAUAAACAUUACCGUAUACCGUACCUAGACAGGGAUAUUAUAUAAACAUUACCGUGUACCGUACCUAGACAGGGAUAUUAUAUAAACAUUACCGUGUACUGUACCCAGACAGGGAUAUUAUAUAAACAUUACAGUGUACUGUACCCAGACAGGGAUAUUAUAUAAACAUUACUGUGUACUGUACCCAGACAGGGAUAUUAUAUAAACAUUACCGUGUACCGUACCUAGACAGGGAUAUUGUAUAAAUGUUACCGUGUGCUGUACCUAGACAGGGAUAUUAUAUAAUAAUUACCGUGUACCGUACCCAGACAGGGAUAUUAUAUAACCAUUACAACGUACCAUACCCAGACAGGGAUAUUAUAUAAAUGUUACCGUGUACCGUACCCAGACAGAUAUAUUAUAGAAACGUUACCGUGUACUGUACCCAGACAGGGAUAUUAGAUAACCGCUACCGUGUACCAUACCCAGACAGGAAUAUUAUAUAAACAUUACCGUAUACCGUACCUAGACAGGGAUAUUAUAUAAACAUUACCGUGUACCAUACCCAGACAGGAAUAUUAUAUAAACAUUACCGUAUACCGUACCUAGACAGGGAUAUUAUAUAAACAUUACCGUGUACCGUACCUAGACAGGGAUAUUAUAUAAACAUUACCGUGUACUGUACCCAGACAGGGAUAUUAUAUAAACGUUGCCGUGUACUUUCCCCAGACAGGGAUAUUAUAUAAACGUUGCCGUGUACCGUACCCAGACAGGGAUAUUAUAUAACCAUUACUGUGUACUGUACCCAGACAGGGAUAUUAUAUAAACGUUGCCGUGUACCAUACCCAGAUAGGGAUAUUAUAGAAACAUUACCAUGUACUGUACCCAGACCAGGAUAUUAUAUAAACGUUGUCGUACACCGUGUACCGUACCCAGACAGGGAUAUUAUAGAAACGUUACCGUGUACCGUACCCAGACAGGGAUAUUAUAGAAACGUUGCCGUCUAUAUUAUAUAAUAUUAUAUUGUUGGUUGAGUACCAUUUUACAGAAUUCAUUGUAGAAACAACUAAAAAUACAAACUUUCACCCAAGAAAGCUGUUGGGUUUAUUCUCUGUAAUACAGGUGAUCUUUGUCUGAAUAUAGUCAUUCUGACCUCCCAGGACUGGUGUAACAGAGACUCGACCAAUUACAGUUUUACCCAGUUACCUUCUCAUUAACCAGCUUUACCAGGACACUCAUUAAUACUUUGUUGUUUGUUUUUACUUUAUUUUGCUAUAUUAUUGUAUGAAAUAGUAUUUUACCUCACAGUCUUAGAUUACUGUUCACUCUCCCCACCUGUCUAGGCAAUAGAGAAGCACUUAGUUCGGAAGUCAAAUGGAGGUCUUACCUUUAUUGGUGAAUGGAAAAAUGGCCACCUGGAGCGCAAAAUGGGUCAUCUGACCUGUUUUGCAGGUGGGAUGCUGGCACUUGGUGCUGACGGGUCACCAGGAGACAAAGCUGGGCACUAUUUGCAACUGGGUGCCGAAAUUGCUCAUACUUGCCAUGAGUCAUAUGACCGCACAGGUAGGUCAUCACUUGAUGAGAUAUGAAAGGUAAUGGGAGGUAAUUCCUCCCUUCUGCACCUCACCCUCCACUUCCCCUCUGCUGCACCUCACCCUCCACUCGUCCCCUCACCCCCCUUCACAUUUUUUUUAUUUCUUAUUAGUGCUUAAGUUGGGGCCGGAAGCUUUUAAAUUUGAUGGAGGUGCUGAGGCCGUGGCUGUGCGUCAGAAUGAGAAAUAUUACAUCCUGCGACCAGAGGUGAUUGAGACGUACUGGUACAUGUGGCGUUACACCCAUGAUCCUAAAUACCGACUCUGGGGCUGGGAAGCAGCUCAGGUGAGUACCAAGAAAUCACAACCUCCCUUCCCUUGCUGGCUGGCAUUGUUUCUCAGUGUGCCCCAUCAGUACCCUUGCCUUGCUGGCUGGCAUUGUUUCUCAGUGUGCCCCAUCGCUGCCCUUCCCUUGCUGGAUGGCAUUGUUUCUCAGUGUGCCCCAUCGCUGCCCUUCCCUUGCUGGCUGGCGUUUCUCAGUGUGCCCCAUCAGUGCCCUUCCCUUGCUGGCUGGCAUUGUUUCUCAGUGUGCCCAAUUGCUGCCCUUCCUUUGCUGGCUUUCCUUGUUUCUCAGUGUGCCCCAUCGCUGCCCUUCCCUUGAUUUAGGUAAGCUAGAAAAAUGGUCAGAAUUGUGGCAACUGACAUUUAAUGUGGAUAAGUGCAAGAUAAUGCAUCUUGGACGUAAAAACCCAAGGGCAGAUUACAGAAUAUUUGAUAGAGUCCUAACCUCAACAUAUGAGGAAAGGGAUUUAGGGGUGAUUAUUUCUGAUGACUUAAAGGUAGGCAGACAAUGUAAUAGAGCAGCAGGAAAUGCUAGCAGAAUGCUUGGUUGUAUAGGGAGAGGUAUUAGCAGUAGAAAGAGGGAAGUGCUCAUGCCAUUGUACAGAACACUGGUGAGACCUCACUUGGAGUAUUGUACACAGUACUGGAGACCGUAUCUUCAGAAGGAUAUUGAUACCUUAGAGAGGGUUCAGAGAAGGGCUACUAAACUGGUUCAUGGAUUGCGGGAUAAAACUUACCAGGAAAGGUUAAAGGAUCUUAACAUGUAUAGCUUGGAGGAAAGACGAGACAGGGGGGAUAUGAUAGAAACAUUUAAAUAUAUAAAGGGAAUCAACACAGUAAAGGAGGAGACUAUAUUAAAAAGAAGAAAAACUACCACAACAAGAGGACAGUGUCUUAAAUUAGAGGGACAAAGGUUUAGAAAUAAUAUCAGGAAGUAUUACUUUACUGAGAGGGUAGUGUAUGCAUGGAAUAGCCUUCCAGCUGAAGUGGUAGAGGUUAACACAGUGAAGGAGUUUAAGCAUGCGUGGGAUAGGCAUAAGGCUAUCCUAACUAUAAGAUAAGGCUAGGGAGUAAUGAAAGUAUUUAGAAAAUUGGGCAGACUAGAUGGGCCGAAUGGUUCUUAUCUGCCGUCACAUUCUAUGUUUCUAUGACUGGCAUUGUUUCUCAGUGUGUCCCAUCGCUGCCCUUCCCUUGCUGGCUGGCAUUGUUUCUCAGUGUGUCCCAUCGCUGCCCUUCCUUUGCUGGCUGGCAUUGUUUCUCAGUGUGUCCCAUCGCUGCCCUUCCUUUGCUGGCUGGCAUUGUUUCUCAGUGUGCCCCAUCGCUGCCCUUCCCUUGCUGGAUGGCAUUGUUUCUCAGUGUGCCCCAUCACUGCCCUUCCCUUGCUGGAUGGCAUUGUUUCUCAGUGUGCCCCAUCGCUACCCUUCCUUUGCUGGCUGGCAUUGUUUCUCAGUGUGUCCCAUCACUGCCCUUCCUUUGCUGGCUGGCAUUGUUUCUCUGUGUGUCCCAUCGCUGCCCUUCCUUUGCUGGCUGGCAUUGUUUGCCCUUGAUGAGUGCAGGAUUCUCCGUUUGUUUUAACCACCCUUUGCUGGCUGUGACAUUCUCCCUUCAUUCUUUCUCCUUGCGCCAUGUUGCUCUUCUGGCCUUGCCAUCUACAUCAUUGCACUUCUUCCACUGUGUGUAUUUAUCCAACUCCAGCUCUAUAGUGGAUUCAGAAUAAUGUUUAUAAUAGUUUUUUAAUACAAACUCCAUAAUGUAAGGGAAUGUGGAACUAUUGCAGUGUUAAACUUUAUGGUGCGCAAGCUCCAGACCUGCCAAACCAGCCACAGCUACACAAAGAAGAAAAGGGUCUGGCACCCCUCCUUAUGUGUGCCAGAAUAUCCUAUUUGUGCCCUGUUCUAGGAAAACCAUGUCUGAUAAAUCGUUGCUGUGAGAGAUAUGGAGGAAUGCGGGACUGGUUUUAAUUUGUGUUGCAAUGUUGAGGUCCAAUAAUCCCCUGUGUUUGGAGAUUCUCACCACAAUGUAGAAUGAUUGGCACAUUUCCUGUAAAAUUGUCUGUCUGAUGCAGCUUUGUCUCCCCCUACAGGCCAUUGAGAAGUACUGCCGAGUUAGUGGGGGUUUCUCGGGUGUGAAAGAUGUGUAUUCAUCGGCACCAGUGUAUGACGAUGUACAGCAGAGCUUCUUCCUGGCAGAGACCCUCAAGUGAGUUCUUUUAUUUUAUCCUUUACUAGGUGUAGCGGAGCUGCAGUAUUAAAUCCCAAUAUCUCUGCUGGUAAAAGAAGGAAAUCCAAGGAAAGUGCUGAAAAUGAAGGCAAUAUCCCCCAGUACCUGGACGAAACACAGUUCUGGGAGUCAACUGACGAUUUUAUUCACAAGCUCCAGUAUUUAUGUGGUUCCCCAUGUAAGGGGUUUCCUUACUGACUUUACAGUGGUUGUACAGUAGGGGACUACAUGGGGGGGGAACUUAACAUAUAGAACAUUUCUUCCACCAUGCACUGCUGUACGAGAGGGAUACUCCCAUUAGAAUAUCCUGUUAAGUGGAUUAUCCCUCCGAACAGCAGAAUUGGCUUUUUACAUAAAAAUCCAUAACUUUUUUUUUUUUUAUUCAUGUCACUGUACCGAAUGACCGUUCGGCAGAUAGCUGGGGUCUGAGCGCACACUUCGUGAAAGUACCGCUCAGAUCCCCACACAAUCAGCCGAACGCUGCACGAAAUAUACUUUAACAUACAUUCAUCAUAAAAGUCAAGAAUACAUAAGUCAGGAAAAAGUACCGAAAGACCAGCGCUCCCGAACGGCCUGGAAGUCCAGCGGUGUUCGUGCCGUCGAGUAUCCGAUUUUAGUUCCAGGCACGCGACGACCAAACACCGCUGGGCUAAAAGGAAAUCCAAGAUGGCCGCCGCCUCGUGGUCGGUAGCCGAACGACGGCCACCCGGGAAUCAAUUAACAUACGAUAGAUACAAUGUUGCGAUCGGUUAAUGGGAUCCACACGACCCCCUGUGUGUGGGCUCCCAUUCGGUACUUUGUUCGUUUCACGAACAGUGUUGAAAAUCACUGUUCGAGAAACUACCAUAUGAAUGCUAGCGGCUUUCGUGCCACUAGCAUACGAAUUCCCUCUUUCACAUUUUAAACAAAUACAUCAAACUGCAUAUAUAAACCAGUCUUUCUAGGGCAACCCUUAAAGUAAAACAAAAAAUAGUCUGAAGUGGCUAGAUUUGCCACACUAGGCAUUAUCAGGGAUCAUUACUAUCAGCUAUAAGAAAGACCUGCUCCUUAUCUGGGAUAUUACUACCAGCUAAUAGAAAGACCUGCUCCUUAUCGGGGAUCGUUGCUACCAGCUAAUAGAAAGACCUACUCCUUAUCGGGGAUCAUUACUACCAGCUAAUAGAAAGACCUGCUCCUUAUCGGUGAUCGUUGCUACUAGCUAAUAGAAAGACCUGCUCCUUAUCGGUGAUCGUUGCUACCAGCUAAUAGAAAGACCUGCUCCUUAUCGGGGAUCAUUACUACCAGACAUGAUGCUAGCUUUUAUCCUCUCAACGAUGGCCACUUCACAGAGUGCAACUGAAUAGCUUUGUGAUGCCAAGAGUGUGACUUCAUGCUGAGCAUUGUAGGAUUCUGUACUUGGUGCAGUGGUAGGAAGUGAACGCUGUAACUGCCAAUAGCAACGCACAUAUUUUAUAUUAUUAUUUUAUAUUCAGUCUAUUUGUGUUACAGGAAAUUUAUGUUCUGUAUUUUUUGUUUUUCUGUUACGUUUUCUUUUUUUUAGUUCAUGAAUUCACACGUACAUAUUUUAAUGCUAUCUAAUUUACUGUGUAGAAACAUUUUGCUAAGCAUUCCACACACACACAUUCACAUUAAAUACAGACACACACACACUCACAUUAAAUACAGACACACACACAUUCACAUUAAAUACAGACACACACACACGCAUUCACAUUAAAUACAGACAGACACACACGCAUUCACAUUACAGACACACACAUUCACAUUAGACACACAUUCACAUUAAAUACACACACACACACACACACUAAAUACAGACACACAUUCACAUUAAAUACAGACACAUUCAAUACAGACACACACACAUUGGUUCAUUAAAAAGAAAAACAUUACAAGUGAAUUGUAAUUUUUAGUCCAAAAUACAGUUGUAAUCGAAAUUAUUUAGUCCCCAUAGAAAAUGCAGUUUAUUUUCUAAAUGUACAGACUUUCAGCUGUUGCGAAUGAGAUGCAUGGCCAGACUCCAGCUUCUGUCAGCGUUCCUGACGAGUCUUAGUCCAUUACUUAUGAGCAAUUGCCUCCAUUUCGGAAAUAUGUUGAGUUUGGGUGCUGCCAAUUAUAGCUAUAAUUUUAAAAAAUUCCCCAAAUCGGCUGUGUUUUCAGUUUGUCUAUUUUGGCCUAACAUUUUAGAUUAAAUUUAAAUUUCAGAGACAUCACACGCUAGUGAAUAUCCCACUUAUCCUUUGCUCCCUGAUGUCCAGACAUGAGGACUUGUGUCCGAAAGCCAAUCAUUUAUCUCCCUCUCUUUCAGGUAUCUGUAUCUCCUCUUCUCCAGCGAAGACCUCUUACCAUUAGACAACUGGGUGUUUAACACAGAAGCUCAUCCUUUACCAGUCCUACGCCUGGCCAACAGCACCUUUCCGUGGAAUCAUGUGGCACGAUAGGACUUCCCAAACAGGGACCAUUUUCCGGGGACCACUACUGACCUGAUGGGGCUUUUACAUGCAUCCGAAACUGGGACAAGCAGCUACUCCCUGGGCACAAUUCCAUUUCCUUUCAUUUUAUGUCACCUCUGUUUGCUCCCAGAGACGACCAGCAUGACCGCGAAAGCAAGCAAGGAGACGAUUCACUGACCAAACUGCUCUGCUCAGGAAGGAAGGGAGAGGGUUCACCAAUCAGGACUGGGGGCUGCAUCGAGUGGGUGAGGGCAAAUCACUCGUACACGCACUUUGUGGCACAGUUUGCACCAGGGCCGGGGAUUUUAAUAUUAUUGUAUCUGACCUGGCAUAUUGAGAGCCAUAUUAUGGUGACACGUUGAUGGCUUUGGAGGUGGAUCACGGGGGGAGCCAGUCUUCAUGUUACCAGUGAAUUGCCGAACAUUAAGGAUUGCCAGAGAGAACCUGUCCAUCCCUGCCCCCCCCCCCCCCCCCACUGCCUCUCCCUUAUUUCAGUUUGUGGUUCCUAGCCGCAUGAGCAAGGCAUCAAGCUGUGGAUUAAAGAGACAUUGUAUAGAGCCUGGCUGGAUUGUAACUUAUUCAUGGUAUGAGCCUCUGACCUAGUCACACAUUGUGCUAUAUGCUGUUAUCAUCACAAUGAGAACAGUCUAGGUUUCAUUUAACAGUAGCUGUCUUGUAGAUCACUAUAUUACACCACAAAUGCAAUAUUUCCAUCUACCCCUCAGAUAAUGCUGGUCUGCCUCUUCUCAUCGGUGGAGCUCCAGUAUUCCGUAUCCCAAUAUGAUGCCUUAUUAGGUAUCUGGGUCGCUGCUGUCUAGGUCACAAUACUGCAGCGUUAUGGCUCCUGAUACAAUGCCAUCUCUCCUUAUAUGGUGCUGGUUUGGCACGCUACCUCUUGAUGGGUUAUAGCUCUGCCAUUCUCAAUAUGAUACCUUAUCAGAUAGCUGGGUCUCUGCCGUCUAGGUCACAAUACUGCAGCGUUAUGGCUCCUGAUACAAUGCCAUCUCUCCUUAUAUGGUGCUGGUUUGGCACGCUACCUCUUGAUGGGUUAUAGCUCUGCCAUUCUCAAUAUGAUACCUUAUCAGAUAGCUGGGUCUCUGCCGUCUAGGUCACAAUACUGCAGCGUUAUGGCUCCUGAUACAAUGCCAUCUCUCCUUAUAUGGUGCUGGUUUGGCACGCUACCUCUUGAUGGGUUAUAGCUCUGCCAUUCUCAAUAUGAUACCUUAUCAGAUAGCUGGGUCUCUGCCGUCUAGGUCACAAUACUGCAGCGUUAUGGCUCCUGAUACAAUGCCAUCUCUCCUUAUAUGAUGCUGGUGAACACAGAGCCCGCCCUGCCAUCAGCCAGCCAGAUAGAGACUUGGCUCGUCCGUGAGAGAGCCUGCCCAGCAGUCAGCCAGCCCUGCUGUCCGCCAUUUUCUAUCACUCGUGGUAGAGGAGUGAUAGAAAUUGAGCUGAUAGUUAAAGUUCUGUUAUUGUCAGAUAGAAAGCUCUGUUAGGUAGGGACAUAGAAAUCUGUUAGGUAGGGGCAUUGAAAGACUCUGUCAGGGUCAAAAAACUGGUAACUGUAUUUUUCAGUGUUCAAAUCUUUUUGCUCCACGUCCAACUCAAAAAUCCUGCAUAAGUUCAGUUCUUUCUAAGAGCGUUCUCAAAAUCAGCAUCCUUUUCAUUUAGGUUGUGAGAUCUGUUUAUUUUCAAAGUGUUCAAAUUUUUUUUUUUUUUUAUUUUUUUUUUUACACCAAUAAUCAACCAUGAAAUUGGAAAGCUGGUUAAAGCAGGGAACUCUUCAGAGAAAAAAUAUUACUACUUCUACCUGUUUGGCACUUAUAGAAAAUGAGAGAGAAGAUACAACUAAAAAUCAAGAAACCAUGUCCGAAAUAGUUGUAUCUACUGUUCCUCAAAUAGCAGAGACAAGUGACAAGUCAGAAAGGAAAAGCACACAAUUGUACUCAAUCUCCUUCUCAAACAAAGAGAAAAUAUGAUGACAGGUACUUGUCAUUUGGAUUCACAAGUGCCAGAAACGAUUGUCCUGAAGCACAAUGCGUACUUUGCAAUAAAAUAUUGCCAAACAGUUCAUUAGCACCUGCUAAAUUACGCCGUCAUUUUGAGCAAAACCACACAGAGUACAAAGAUAAAGACGUGGACUUUUUUAAGCGAAAGGUAAAGGAGUAUCAGAAGAGAAAACCAUUUAUGAGCAAAAAAAUUUCAAAAUGCUAAUGAAAAAGCCACAGAGGCUUCUUACAGAGUGAGUUACCGCAUAGCACUUGCAGGAGAAACACACACAAUUGGGGAAUCGCUAAUAAAACCAUGUGCAAAAGAAAUGUCGUCAUGUAUUUUAAGUGAGAAGUUGAGUAAAUGAAUUGAAGCUGUGCCACUUUCCAACAACACAGUUUUGUGCCAUAUUCAUGAUCUUGCUGAUGACCUCCAUACUGAACUAAUUUCUCGACUGCAUCAAUGUGAUGGGUACUCACCCGUAAUUAGAAGAGUCCAUGGAUGUUGCAGGACUUUCAAAUUUUGUUGGUUUUUGUUAGAUAUAGUUUUGACAAACCGAUUGAAGAAGACUUGCUUCUGUGUUAAACUUUGAAAACUUAUACCACUGAUGAGAACAUCUUUAACUGUAUCCAGAAGUUCAUGAACACACACAGUAUAAAUUGGGACAAAUGUGCAGUGAUGGUGCCAAAGCAAUGAUUGGGAAAGUGGCAGGCACUGUGAUACGAAUAAGAAAUGUAUCAAAAAAACAGCACCAGUUCUCACUGUGUUCUUCAUAGACAUGCAGUGGUCGCUAAAAAUAUUUCAAUCUCACUUAAAACUGUGCUAGACGAAUCGGUCCAGAUUAUUAAUUUUAUAAAAAGUCGACCAUUACAGUCACGACUAUUUAAAAUAUGUGAAGAUAUGGGUAGUCACCGCUCUGCUCUUGCAUUCAGAAGUCUGUUGGCUAUCACGAGCUAAAGUCCUUGUUAGAAUGUUUGACUUGCGCCAAGAGUUGUUUGCGUAUUUCCAGGAUCAUAACUUUGGAUUAUCUGAUCGAUUAACAAACACUCUGUGGUUAUCAAAAGUAGCAUAUCUUGCAGACAUAUUCACAAAAUUAAAUGAUGUAUGUUUAAGGAAAAAACGCUAAUAUUUUGAAUGCAAGAGAAAACAUUUUCACUGUCUCUUAAGGUGCAGUUUUGGACCUCAUCUGUUGAGCAAAAUAAUUUGAACUCUUUGCCAACAAUUAAGGAUUUUCUUGAAUCAGAAAUUGAACUUGAAGAUGAAAUUCGCCAUUUAAUCACAUCUAUUAAUCAGUAUUUUCCAUUCUUGAAUGAAAACAAUGACUGGGUUCGAAAUCCAUUCAUAAAAGACAAGCCAGACAAUUUUUCUGAUGUAGAUUUUGAGAAUCUGAUCGAUAUAACUUCUGACAGUCAACUAAGCCAAAAAUUUUAAGACUUUUCUCUUAUUGCUUUUUGGGGUGAUUUACGCAAAGAAUACCCAGAAUUGUCCAAGCGGGCAAUCAAAAGUUCUGUUGCCAUUCGCCAGCACACACUUAUGUGAAACUGGAUUCUUGCUCUACUCUGCAACAAAAACAAAGUAUAGAAAUCGACUUGACGCAACUGCAGGCAUGCGAAUACAAUCGUCAACAUUUAACCAGAUAUAAAAAGAAUUUGCCAGCAAAUUGAAAGGUUUGCGCUAUGGCGCACAUUUUUUUUUUUUGUCUGUGUUCGCAGCUAAAAAGAAAAACGCCGCCACAACGUGUUCAUACAUACGAAUGGCGACCACCCAGCCAACAGCUUUGAAUGUUGUGGUUACCAAGGUGAGACAACAGUCAAAAGGGUCAAUGAGCAACACACAACUUCUCUGGGUGGUCUGGUCGUUCGGUAGUUUAUUCGGUAUUUAAACUCCAUAGGUCCCAGGUGUUAGGCGAAUCCCAUAUGCCGAACCACCCAGUGUAUCAAAUAAGUAAAAAUAAAGAGGAUGACAAUCCAGGUAUAGGGUAAUCCGUCACAGAGAUUGCUCAAUUUUAUACUGUAUCUCAACUGUAGAACCCCCAGACAACGCAAUUUGACUUUUAAAGAUUAACGAUUCCAGUUUAUUCUCCAUACAAAUUUAUUUAUGAGAGAUUGUGCUGAAGUCACCCAACUGCCUGGGCAUGACAACGGUACCAUCUGAAAAAGAUAUCACCAUUUUGAAACAAUAUAGGAUUUUACUACAGUUAUCCAACCCCACAAAGACAUUUCAAGAUUUUUUUUUCCAUGCAUUUAGUUUUUUUUUAGCUGUAUAUUUAAGGGGUGGCAAGAAAUUAAGUUCCAUUAUUUUGCUUACGUCAUGGGUAAUUGCAAUCCUCCAAAUAACUAAAUGAUUCAUCAGCACAACUAAAGCCAAACCCAUUCUUUAGAACCCCAACAACAUCCUAAGGCAAAUUAAAGGGUAACGCUAUUGAUUUAUUAAUAUUCAGUUUAUACCCUGAAUAGACUGAAAACUCAUCCAUACAUGGCAACAAAUUAAGAGAAUUCAAGGGAUCUUUAAGAGUGAGUACUACAUCAUCUGCGUAUAUUGUCAAUGUAAGUCAUCCUUCACCUUCAAAUCUUUUAUUAGACCAUUGUUCCUUAUUGCCACUGUUAAGGGUUCAAUUGUCAUUAAAUAAAGAAGUGGGGAAAGUGGGCACCCCUGUCUCGUCCCAUUCUUUAACGGGAACCAGUCCGAGGUAAACCCACCACCCACUACUCUGGCCGUCGGAGAAGUAUAUAAAGCCGUUAACGCCCUUUUUAUAUUCUCUGGUAGCCCAAAUACUUCCAAAACUGCAUUUAAAAAAAAUACCACCUGACCCUGUCAAACGCUUUCUCCGCGUUGAGUGACCAGAUCAGGAGGGAUGAAUUAUUUUUACGAACCAGGUCCACAGUAUCAACAAGUCGUCUGAUGUAGACCGAUAAUCAUUUAGACACAAAACCAACUUGAUCUCUGUGAUUUAAAUCUGUUCUUAUAUUAUUCAGUCUAGCAGCAAUUAUUGAUGAGUACAAUUUCAUAUCCACAUUCAAUAAAGAAAUGGGUCUAUAGUUUGAAAUCAGCUCUGGUUGUUUAGGAAUGGGUAUGAUGAGCCUUUAACAGUUUACCUGGGAUCUUCCCACUUCUCAUAGAUUCAUUAAAUGUAUUAGAUAAACUAUUAAUUAGAUUUUCAGUCAACAAUUUAUAAAAGUGAUUACUAAAACCAUCCGGGCCUGGAGAUUUAUGAGGCUUUAGUUUUUUGAACGCUAGAUUAACCUCUGCUGUUGAUAUCGGCUCGUUCAAAUUACUCACAUGAUAUCGGGGUGUUUUAGAAAGCUUUUCUCCAAAAAACCUUCCAGACUUGUUGGUAGAUGUCUGUUAGGUAAAUUAUAGAGAUUAUAAUAAAAUUCUUAUAAGGCUUGGCCUAUCUUGGAGGGGACCAGGAUAGUAGAAUUCCCUUGAGUAAUCUUAGCUACCAUGUCUUUUGCCAUUUCUUUUUUUAAUCUAGUAGAAAGCAUUCUAUCUGCCUUGUUACCUUUAUAAGUACCAUGAUCUUUUCAGUCUAUCCAGGGCAACAUUGACUUUUUGAAUCAGUAAGUCAUUGAUUUUUUUUAAAUUUAUUUUUUUACUAAUUUCGAUCUAUUAUUCAAUUCUAAACUGGGUCCUGCUUUAUUUUCUUGUUCCACCUUGUUCAAGUCAAUAUAUAAUGGGGCUAACUGUUUAGAACCUUUCAUUUUCUCUUAGUAUUCCAGUUUAAUUAAAUGACCCUGAAUCGUACAUUUAUACGCACACCAGAUUACCGGAAGUAAUACCUCAUUAUUGUGAUUCUCUUUAAAUAAAAAUUUGUUGUCACCUUAA